AUGGAAGAAGCAAUCAUGAGACUCGAAGGUGCCGAACACAGAGAAGCCAACAACAAUUCUCUAAAGAGAAAGCCAUCAAGAUCACCGUCCUCCACCGCUCCUAGCUCUCCCGGAGGAGUAACCACCUCAAAACCUGCCGCUGGAACCGGCGCAUCCGGUGGCUCCACCAUAAGGUACCGAGGCGUGAGGCGUAGGCCAUGGGGUCGUUACGCUGCUGAAAUACGCGAUCCAUUGUCUAAGGAGAGACGAUGGCUCGGAACAUUUGACACGGCGGAGGAAGCAGCGUGUGCAUACGACUGCGCCGCUCGAGCCAUGCGUGGUCUCAAAGCUCGAACCAACUUCGUCUACCCAAUGCCUUCUCUUGACUCAUACCACCACCGUAUUUUCUCGCCUCCUCCGAUGAAUAUGUUCCUUCUACGCGACGUUUUAAACGCUCAGUCUCUUUCUCCGUUCAACACCUUUGCUUACCCGCCUUGUAAUCUCUCUAACGCAAACGACGCCGUUCACGAGUCCUUCACUAACGUUAACGAUGUCUCCGAGGAUCUCUCGCCUAAAGCUAAGAGGUCAAGUACCGCUGACAACGAGAGCCUGAUCUCUAUCUUCGAACCAGAACCAGCGGGGUCUGGCCUUCUUCAAGAAGUUGUUGAAAGCUUCUUACCAAAACCUAGCUCUCAUCAUGCUUCUACAUUUCCAAAGUGCAACCAACCUUCCGUUGGUGUUUUCCCGACUAUGCCGGAGACAGGUUUUCAGACAGAUCUUGGUUUACCCAACGUCCAUGUCGAAGGAAACGGAUUUGGUGAGGUGAAAUAUCACGGAGAGUUGGGUUGGGCUGAUCAUGAGAGUGGCUUUGAUUCAGCUACGAUGCAGUACAAUGGAAAUGUUGGAAUGCUUUAUCAGUAUUGCUUUCAUGAUUAUUAG